AUGUUUGUUCGGCUCCGCAAACCCACGCGAGUGGCGCUCCUUGCCCUAGCGCUUGUGCUGGCGUACGCCAGCGUGUACUUUCUCCUUUCGACGCCGCGAGACCGGCUUCUCCUCAAUCUCAGCAUCUGGUACGACAAAAUCACCAGCUCCAGCGUGGCGCUCGACACAGACGCCGCCUUCAACGAGGCGGUGCAGGCGCUCAUGCAAGAAAACAUCAAGAGCGACAAAACGCACACGUUUGACUUUCUCGAGCCCGACUACUCGCCGCCGGUCGAGGUGGAAGUGCCCGAGUAUUUUGUCGACGCCAGCGCCGCGCGCCCGCCCGUGCAGCCGUUCGACCCGCGCCUCACGCUCUGGGCGUACAUGCACUGGGCGCGCACGCACGCGGGCGAGAAAAUGCCCUUCCACUGGGCGGACUGGGUGGACUUGAGCGCGGUGCACAAGUACGUGUUUGUGGCGAACAAGCCGCUGUGCAAAGAGCUCUUCACGCUUGCGCCCAAGGAGGCCGGCGACCUGCCCAUGAUGCCGGUGUGGCAGUACUGCCACGAGGACGGGGCGUCGCCGGUCGGGCUCCGCAUCUCGCGGUUUCCCAGCGCGCAAACGCGCGAAAACGCCCGCCUUUUGGGCAAGCUCCACUUGUUCCACGGCGCGCCGCCGCCGGCCAAGGUGGUGUUUUUGACCAACGGCCACGGCGCGUACCAUGUGGAUGUGGCGGGGACGAAUAGUCUCGACAACGGGCUCUUGCACAACGGCGUCGUCGAGGGGGUGCUCGAAAACCUUAAAAAUAAAGGGAACAAUAAAAAUGAACACAACAACAACAACGACGGGAACAAUAAAAAUGAACACGUCCGCGCCAACGUGCUCGAGGCAUACGGCGCCCUUCUUGCGCAGGCGCCCACGGUGCCGCACGCGGAAAUCCCGGCGCAGCUCGCGCUCGACCCGCUGUGGUUCGAGGUGGACGCGGCGCGCGAGGCCCAGCGCAUCGAGCAGCAGCCGCGCGACGCCAUGGCCGCCGCCUACGCCGCGCUGCUCCGGCACCUGCUCCGCACGCCCAACCCGCCCAAACUGUUCAACGAGGCGCGCUUCCUCAACCUGGACCCGCUGCGGCUUUUGGGCGACCACCACGACUGGCGCUUCUUCGACGGCCUCACGCUCCACACCGACCGCCAGGUGGUGGCGCUCCACCGCCUCUUGAAGAACUACUUGCACUUUUGCCGCGCGCACGGCCUCGUCACCUGGAUCGCCCACGGCCUGCUUUUGCUGUGGUACUGGAACGGCAUGGCCUUCCCCUGGGACGCCGACACCGACGUGCAGAUGCCGCUCCGCGACUUGCACCGCUUGGCGCGGGAAUUCAACCAGACCUUGGUCGUGGAGAACGUGGGCCACGAUCACAACAGCGACCCGACCAAUGAAAAUACAAACCACCAAAACGAAAACACAAACCACAAUGUUACCUUUGGCGGCAUGGCGGCGUUCUUCGUCGACGUGGGCUCCAGCAUCACCGUGCGCAGCCGCGCCAACGGCAUGAACAACAUCGACGCCCGCUUCAUCGACAUCCACACGGGCCUCUACGUCGACAUCACCGGCUUGGCCGUGAGCGACGUGGCCGCGCCCGAACGCUACCACACGGGCCCCGGCGGCGCCGUGGCCAACCGCGCCGCGCACGUAUACAACUGCCGCAACCACCACUUCACGCUGUUGGACGAGUUGUCGCCGUUGGUGGUGGCGGGCGUGCAGAACCAGCUCGGGCACGUGCCGCUGCAGUUUGGCGCCAUCUUGGACCACGAGUACGGUGUGGCGGCGCUCAAGCUGCGCACAUACCGCGGCUACGUCUAUUUGGACAGCUUGCGUGUGUGGUCGGCCGAAAGCAAUGUGCGCGAGCGGGUCGGGGCGAAGGAGAACAAGCGCGACGCGGCCAACCCGUGGAGCCUCUUGCAGCGCGAGGACUAUGUGCGUCUUCUCUCGCACGCGUGGCUUUUGCGCGAGUACAUGGCCACGCGCAGCUUCACGGGCUACCACGAGGCGCAGAUGCGGCGCUUGCUUUGGGGCCGCGUGGCGGACUACACGGCGCACGCGCAAGAGUACGCGCGCCUGCCGGCCACCAACGCCGCCAUGUGGGGCGACUUUUUCAUGGGCAAGGUGGCGCGCGACGCCUGGGACUACGGGCGCGAGGUGCGCAAGACGCUCGAGAUGGCCAAGUUGUACGGGGAAAGAAAGCUGCUGGUGCUGAAGCCGCUGGCCCCGCCGGCGGCUUAG